AUGCAUAAAAAUUAUUUACCUGAAAUUCAAUAGUCUCAAUAACCCCAUCAUUUUGAAACUAAAGCUAAAUCUAAAAUGCAUUCACCUAGUUCUUCCAUUGAAUGGGAUCAAUUAAUUAAUACUUCCAUACCAAAUUCAUUCAAACAAUAAUUAAAUCCUAAAGGUUAAACAGUUAUCAAUUUAACUAAAUUGGGACCUUGUUCUGAUAUAUCAUAUCUUAGAUCCACUAAAAGAAACUUUGCUAAACUUGGAACUAGCAUUUAUAAAGAUCCUGAACUCUAAUAAACUGUAUAUUUUAUUGAAUAAAUUAGAAAUAUGACAAAAAUUUGUAAUCAUUUUAUAGCACUCUCUAUAAAAAAACUAAUAAUCGUAUUCCUUUUAAUACCAAUUUAGAAAAAGAAAGGUUUUAAGGUCAUUUAUUAGAUUUUACAGAACUUUUUCAAGAUAACAGUAGAGCAACAAAUCUAUAAAAAUACUUUGGGGAAAUUUUAAAAUUAGAAAUGUAAUAAUCAAUUCAAGAAAAAGAGAUGAUUCCACCAAAUAGACAAUAAGCUAUUGAUUUGAGAGAUUGGUUAUUUAUGAUGAUUGCAUAUACAAAAUAAGAAUGUUCAAAUAUGAAUACAAGAGAAUUAGCAGAAAGAAUAUAACUUAUUUAUGCUUCUUGUCUUAAAGAAUUAAUAAAGUAUAUAAUAAUAAUUAAAUAGAUAAGUGAGUAUUGAAUGUACAGAAAGAGGAGAUUUGCUUUAAACUGUUUGGGAUUUUUAUGUAGAAUUGAUUGGAUAAAUUAUUAAAUGUUAUUCAGAACAAUAGAGGGAAUCAGAAAAAUCUUAUUUAGAAUAAAUGUAAAGAAUAUAGAAUUUUCAUGAUUCUCAAAUGGAAAUUGCAAAACUCAGAUAUUAAGACUAUUAGAAUCAAAUUCUUAAAAUCAAAAAUGAAACUUCGGAUUCUAUUGAUGAAUUAAAUAUGAAUAAAGCUAAAAUGUUAUUAUUAACAUCAGAAAUGAGGUAAUUAAUAGAAACUAAUGAAAUUUAAAAAAAUGAAAUUGACUCUUUGCUUUUAUAAAUUAUGUUAUUAAAAACUUAAGAAAACAAUGAAAAUAAAAGAUUAGAAGAUUAAAAAAUUGAUGUUUAAUUAGCCAAAGGAAAAAGCAUUGUCUCACAUUUAUUAAAUUUUAGGGCUACUGCUGCUGAAUAUAAAUUCAAUAAAAAUAAAGUUAAAAAUACUAACUUUGAAAAAUUCGAAUAAUUAAGAGAAUAAGAAUAAUAACUUAAAAUUGAUUUAAUUCAUCAAUAAAUUUUAGAACCUGAAAUUGAAUAUUUAGAUUAAGAGAUAUAAGUUUAAUUAGAUUUAAAAUAAAAAGAAGUUUAAACAGAUUUAGAUUCACUAUAAUUAAAUGAUUAAAUCUCAUAAUUGGAAUAAUUAUAAGGUUAAAUUCUAUAGAUGUAAUAAUAAGAAUAAACUAAAGAUCAAUUAAUUAUUAAUCAGUAAAUUGAAUUGCAGUAAUAAAAUUUAAAAUCAAUAGAAGAGCAAUAGGUUUUAGAAUAAAGAUUGAAAGAAGCUAUCUCACUUAUUCAAGAAUCAGAAUUAGAUUAUAAAGACUCUAUAUGUGAGACUCUUAAUUUAUAAAUUUAACAAUCAUAAUAACUCUCAUAAAAAUUGAUUAGAUUAGAAAAAGAAGAUACUCUGUAAAAGAUUGAUUUAAUGGAAAAAGAAUAAGUAAAUUAAGAAUUAGAAUCUAAAUUGACUUAAGCAGUUUAGGAUUUUAUUGAGAUAAUAAAGAAAAAAAAAUAACAAAUUAAAAAAUUGAUGAAAUAAAAAAGUAAUUUAUAAGAUACAUUAAUAUAAAUAUCUUCAAGUUAUAACAUAGAAAUUAAGUAACCAGAAAUCUUAGAAGAAGAUAUAGAGUCAUCAUAAAUUAGAAGUAUUGAUUAAUUAUCUGACAUGAAUAAAGAUCAAGAACAAAUAAAAAAUACAUAAUAAGAUGAAGAAUAUAUUGAUGAACAAGAUGAAUUAGAUUAUUAAUUAACAGACAGAAGUAAAAUUAUAAAUUAAGAGGAUGGAUCAAAAGUUAAAAAAUAACUCAAAAAAAUCAUACAAAUUAAUGAAAAAAUUGAUUCAUAAUAUUUAUUAUAAGAAAAUAAUAAAUAAGUUAAUGAACUUCAAGAUGAUUUUGAAAAAAAUUUAUAAGAACUAGUAUAAAAUUCAGAGUAAACACAAAAUUCAUAAAGUUUUAAUUAAUUUGUAGAAAAUUAAACACCAACACUUAAAUAAAAUUAAAAUUAAAAUAAUGAUUAAAGUAUUUCAAAAAGAAAAGGAAGUUAACUUAGUUAAUAAAACCUUUAAAAGCCAAAAUAAUAGGCUACUGUACAAAGAUAGAAAAAAAUAUCUUAACAAAUUGAAUUUAAUAAAGAAGAUAAUAAUUAAAUAGUUAUUGAAUAAUAGUAAGGUUAAAAAAAUCAAAAUUAAUAAAUUAUGAAAAAAUAAAUAGAUAAAUAAUCCUCUGAAUCAUAAAUAUUAGAUGGUUCCUAAUAAAAUUAGUAGUCAGUUUAAUAAAGAAAGUAAUAAUUAGUAACAGAAAAUGAACUUUUUUUAAAUUUAAAAAAUAAAAAAUCAUCAAAAACUCAAAAACAUUCUAUUUUAGAAUCUAAAUAAAAUUCUAAUAUCAAAUCAGCCUAAGAAUUUGAAGAAAUUAAUAGUUCAAGUAACUAAUAUUCAUAUUAGAGAUCUUCUUAAUAAUAUGAUAUCAAAUAAAAAGGAUAGAAGUAAAGUUUGUUUGAAAAAAAUACUAAUAAAACUUAAAAUGAUGAAUCAUUAUCUGAUGAUUUUGAUAUUGAAUCUUCUCCUUUAAUCUUUAAUAAUAUAUAAGGUGAAAGAGUAAAAUAAGUGAUUAUGCAAUAUAAGGAUCAGAAACAAAAAAUUAGAAGUAGACAUAAUCCAAUUUAACUUGAAUAGAAAAAUUAAAAAAGAUUUAGAAGAGUUUAUAGUUAGAAUACAGAUAUUGCUAAUGGAUUAUUAGCUGAUGUGAAAAUAAAGAAGAAGCCUAAUAAGAAAAUAUAAUUUUCAAUUUUGUAAUUAUAAAAAUUAGUUACUCAAAUUCUAAGUGAUAUUUGCAAAUAAGCUGAAGGUUAUAAAAUACCAUUUCAUGUUAGUAUUUAUGAUUAUUAUAAAAAUAAAUAUGGAUUUAAAUAAGUAGCUGAAAAAAAGAUUCGUUAGGUUUACUAAUUUAUUUAUUAUGAAAAAGAAAAUCAUAUAAAGGCUAAAUUAUUGGCUUAAUUUUGUUACAUGAUUGGAGAAAUGGAUGAGAUAGGAUAAAAACUAUUAACAGAAAGUUAUUAAUAUUUUUCAUCUAAAAAUGAUCUUAAUUAUGGUAAGGUUGAUUUAAUGUUAACAUAUGAAUAAGUCAAUGAAUUUCUCUCUGAAAAAUCAUCAAGGUGGUUGCAUCAACAAUAAAUUUAAUCUCUAUUGUUAUCAUAUAGAAACUAGUAAUCAAAUAAUUAAAGAUAUUUUAUUAAUCAUGAUAGUUUGCUUAUUAAAAUUUUAGAAUUGUACUCAAAUAAUAAAAAAGAUUAACAAAGUAUUUUAGAAUCUUUGUUUAAAGCAGCAGAUUUAGAUGGAAAUAAAUUAAUCGAAUUUUCAGAAGUACAUUUUCUGCUUUAUGAUUUUAGUUUAAAACUUUAUAUAGAGCUAUUCAUUAAGAGAAAUUAUGUAAAUCUUAAUUACUUUAAAUUUUUACCAAUAAUGCUGAUUUUCAAGAUGAAAAUGGUGAUAAAAUGUUAACUCUUCCAAGAUUUACUGAAAUGUCCAUUGAAUUAGGAAUAUUUUAAAAAGAACUUGUUUUAAAGUAUGGUGAAGGUAGUGAAGCAUUGAAGAAUUAUUGGGAAAGAGAUUCAACAAUAAUUAAAUAUAGGUAAAUGCAUAGAUUUAAAUAAUUAGAUUUUUGAGAGCUAAGAAAUACUAAAAGGUAAGGCAUACAUUUUCAGAGCUUGAAAAUUAGAUAAAAUCAUAAGAAAAAGAUAAAUAACUUAUUUUAUGGGUAAGUUAUAAAUUGUUAAACGAAGAAUCUUAAAGAGUUUUACUAAAGUAUUCAUAUUCAAUUCACUAUAUAGUUAUGAAACUAGAUAAUGUAUGCUACAAUUAUUACCUGAACUUUACAUAAUAGAAUAACACAAUAAAGAUAUUGAAUAGUUAGAGUGA